GCUUACUAAGGAACGAGUGCUGCGUCUUCGCUCCCAUGAUCGUUAUCGAUUGAACCGAUCCUCACUAUAUCGCCCAUAGUGUCCACUACACGCAUAUAAAUGGCUGAUGUGUCGGAUAAGGUCGGAUCUGUGGCUGACCAGAUCGUCGAUCCUAGCGGAUCUGAAGAACCCCCCCCAGACGAGCUGAAUGCAGUUGCCAGAGAGAACGCGUUGAAGGUUGAACGUAAUCGCAGGCGUGCUGAGAGACGUGCUGAUGUCGCGGACUUAGCGGCCGUGUCCGACGACGAGCCGUUGAUUGAGGUGACCUCUCGAACUACUUCUCCCGCUCCUGCUCCCCCAGAGACUCCAUCUUCCGUUGAUCCAUCCUCAUCUUUGGCCACGCACCCUGCCUUGCAAAACAUUGACAUCAUACGCACAAUUUGCUUAUACGUUCACGACGGGUCGCUUCCUGCCCUUGCAUCUACAUGCCGCAUCUUUGAGCACCCGGCGCUUGAUGUCCUCUGGAGGAAUCUGCAGUCCGUGCAGCCUCUUGUCAAAUGUCUACCAAGCGACCUGUUUUCCAUUGAAAAAGGACAUAUAGUAUUACUAAAACCGCUCGACACCAAGAUGUGGGAUAUUCUUCACAAAUACACAUCCCGCGUGCAUUCCAUCACGCAAUCAGGCCGCUUGGCAGUCAUCGAGCCCCUCGGUUCGGUAAUGCUGUCUUGUCCUUCCGCACCUGCAUCCUUGUUUCCGAACCUUCGCAGAUUAAUAUGGCAUGAUGCUGAUGGAACACAUUGCGCUGCAGAGUUCUUGCGCAUGGCUUUAGUACCCACGUUGGAGUACUUGAAGAUACAGAUUUCUUCAGCUUCCUCCAUCUUUCUGUCAGUUCUUUCGUCUCUUGGGACCUUUUGUCCUAACCUCCAGACAAUGAUCGUGAACCUGAGUCCAUCUGCAAUCAAUCGUGACGACUUGCUUCAGAAAGCCUCACCCUUCAUUUCCCAAUCCAUUUCCCAGCUCCAGCGUCUCCAGCGAUUGUUUGUAUGGGACUUAGGAAACCAAGGCAUGAAGCACGUUAUGCAGCUGCAAGCUCUACAGAGACUGUGGUUGGACUUGAGCGUACCAUCAACUUGGGGCAAACGGUCACAUUUGCGGUUCCCCGGCUUUCAAAAUUUGGAUCGUUUGGACCUUUUCAUCGACAAUCUCGAGCACGCCACGGACUUCUUGAGUUCGCUUCAGGUCAUUAGAUGCAAAAAAAUUACGAUCCACUUCGAACUCACCACUGUCAAUUCCUCCGCAAGUAAAUCUACGACGCCAUCCCCGUUCUUCAGUAUUCUCGGGAAGAUAUGCGACCAUGACAAUCUUGAGUCCUUCGCGAUUCCUGAAACUCCGGAAAACAUCCACACGAAACCGAGCGUCUUCGCGCCAUUGCAUAAAUGCCGCAAUUUGACUCGGCUGCUCAUUGAGCACAGCUGGAAAAUUUCUAUGACCGAUCAGGAGCUCUGCCAGCUGGUGAGAGGCUGGCCUAAGCUCCAAGUGCUCAGCUUCAGCAAGUUUGUCACCAUCGAUGAUACCACAAUACCUACAUUCCACGGGCUGAUCAGCCUACUUCAGCUCUGCCCUGCUCUGACUUCUCUCACUCUUGUCGUGGACGCCACCACGCUGGACGGUAUAGAUUUCAGAUCGCCCGGUGGUGGAGCUUGCAGUAGGGAUCUCAAAGAGCUCGUCCUCAGCAAUUCACCCAUUAAAUCCCCGCUAAACGUAGCUCUAAUCUUUAGCGGCCUCUUCCCCAACCUACAAGAGGUUGAUCUUGAUUGUUGGGAUUCAGCCCCAGCGACUUUGCCGCGCCAGAGCCAGGCAGUGAAGAAACAAUGGGAGGAAGUGAACCUCACCCUUUUCAGCUUCAGCGUCGUAAAGGAGCGACGUGUGGAAGUAUAAUGAUGUCGUCCGACUUUUGGACUGGUACGUUUGAAUAAUUACCUACUCAUUUUCAAGCUUUUCUAUGCCUGAAUUUCAUAGCCUGAUUCAUCAACUACAUCUAAAGGGUCUUUUCAGUCACUAACAAUAGACGUUGUCUAAGCGCCA